CUACAAGUGAAGACAGGCACGCCACUAUCCUGAGCUGUACUUUACUUUCCUGCCGCUCGAAAGGAGGACAUUUAUUCUUGAAUAAGCUCUAUUACCAGUUGAAAUUCCUUGUUGUAGCCCUUUGAAAAGCUUAUCAAAAUUGCUGAAAAAAUGAGAAAUCGCACCGAAGCAGUUACCAACAAUCUUCCAGACUCCGAGGAGGAGGAAGAAGUUGGUGAUAGCGAGGAAGAUUGGCAACCGGACGACGAUGAAAAACCGAAGAAGCGGAAGGCAGCUGGAGGAAGUGCCAAAAAGGCCAAAAAUGGAGCGCGCGGAGGUGCUCGUGGGUCCGCGAAGAAACGCAAAAAGGACGAAUCCGAAGAAGAAGAAGAGGAGUCUGAGCCCGAGGAGGACGAAUCGGAAGAGGAGGAUUCUAAAAAGGGUAAGGGAAAAGGUGCUGGCUCAGCGAAGAAAGGUAGCGGUGGUGGUGCCAAAAAUUUCCCGGACAAGCAAGGAUUCCUCUCAUUGUACAUCUACCGCGGUGACUUGGUGAAUGGCAUCCGUGCAAAUGACAAUUUAUGUUUGUGGCGUCGAGAUGGGUCGAGUUUGUUGCAGAAAUACUUGCGCGACAAGAACUCGUCCGAAUGCCAAUGGAGCCCAUCCAUGGUUUAUUCGUGCUGGGAGGAUCGCCGUAAGGAUGAGUAUCUCGAAGUCAAGGUUUUGUGUAAAGGUGAUCUGAAGAAUUCCAAUGUGACAAUCGUUGAGCUGGAUCAGUUGGAGGAACAGUGUGUGCGAGAACGAGAUUCUAAUGCCAAAUUUGUCUCACAAAAACCUCAAGGGCAGGGCAAUUCUUCAGCAAACGAUAGUCAAGCGGGAAAUACUAGCCAAGAAGGACUAGAAGAAGAGGAAGGGGACGAAGGAGAAGAAGAAUAAAUUCGCUCUUUUGGUCACCAAAACAAACCUAAACUAUAAAAAAUAUUUGACAAACAUCUUUCCUCAAUAAGUUAUCUUUCUUUUACUAAUGUAGUUUUUUUUUGUCCAAUUUGACUGAUUUAUCAAUGAAAAAUUCAUCUUUUUUAGAAUAUAUAAUUUUUUUAUAUCUUGUUAGAGAAAAUGAAUGUUUUGUCGAAGAAAAAACCUUUUGACUUAAUAUGAUCGUUGAUCACUUAUAAUAUGUAUUCCACACAAUUUAAAUAUACUACUAUUAAUAAUAUUAAAAAUGUA